ACCGCCUGGAGAAAUUAAUGGACACCAUGGACAAAACUAAAAAUGAAACCCUGGAGUUCGCAAGCGAUUGGAUGUAUGCUACCCUGCCUAUCACUUUUUACAGCGAUUGUAAUGGAUUAAAAUGCAAUGUCUCAAUUUUCAAUCCUGAUGACCAGUUUCUGUCUACAGUGAAAUUUGAUUGGGAUCAAAAAGUGAUUAAGGAUCUAACUGGCACAUUCACGUGGAUAUUUGAUAACUCGGGAGGGAGCUGUAACCAACAACUUGAGAGUAUUACCCUUGACAAACCAGGACAAUGUUAUGCACAAAAAAUUAAUUGGAAUGUUUUCGAUUAUAAUUACCUACGAUGUAAGUACUCUCUUACGCCCAAUUGUUGCCAGGAGAAGUGCUCGGAUAACAAAGUGGCUCUUACGCCAAAAAAGAGCCCCGGUCAGAAAGUCCCGGAGCACAAGCCUACUGAUCAUGAAAUUGGUAGUGAUGUUUCCUAUGAGAAAUUGUUCGCGCCAUCCAACCGACACGAUGCGGUGCUCUUGAUCGGGGAGAAGAAGCUUCAUGUGAGCAAGGCGUUCCUCUCCUACCACUCGGACUAUUUCUCCGAUCUGUUCGCUGAUAAGAUCAAUGAGGAGAUUAGGCUUGAAGAUGUGUCCUACGAGGAUUUCGGCCUUCUCAUGAGCAUCAUCCACCCCGAAACAGGCUUUGUCAAUGAUCAAAACGCUGAGAAGCUUCUCCAUCUAGGAAAUCGGUUCAAAAUUUCAUGUGUCAUUCACCAGGUCGAACACCACUUCACUCGUGGAACCAAUUUUUCCAAUGAGAGAUUGAUCUUCCUGGCCGACAAGUACGAAUUGCAGAAGCUUCUGGAAAAGGCAAUCCAAGAGAUGAACAGCCUGGACAAGGCAAAGAAGUUCGGAGGAUCCGAUGAUUACAAGAAAUUGUCGGAUUUUGCUAGAGGCAAGAUCUCGGAUCGUCUCAUGCAAUUGCUGAUUAAUUGAUUUUUAUUAUGUUGCUACGUUUGAAUUGUCCUUUUUUGUUGUGAAAAUAAAUUAUCGAAAGUUU